CCGCCAUGCUGACCGUCUCGACCAAUCAGCGUCCGCCAAUCGUGAGCGUCUUGAAUUUUGAAUUUAUGUUAGAGAAGGUGGUAGUGCUAAGGCUAUCGGACAGUAAUAUGGUGUACUUUUAGCUAGUUAAAAAAAUACCUAAAUGCAUAUAUGUCGCGGUUGCUUUUUAAACAGAGUCUUAAUUUCAACGUUUCUUGACAUCUUUCUUGUAAUUUUUUUUAUCAUUUUGGCUAAAAAAGAAAGUGUCUCUGGUGUUUACUUGGCUAACAAGUGCCUAUUGUAGGUAACGUUAGUUGCUAAAGUCUAGCAGUGGUUUUGCUGUCCUGGGGAAGAGUGCAUCUAGACAAUUGCCGCUGCCUGUCCUGAUUGGCCAGUAUUGUCGACUAAACCGGACACUAGUUUAUUAGUUCUCUUCUGCAGGUUAUUGGACUUGUCCCAAGGCCAUGGCUGACAGUAGUACAGAGACCCUGGGGACAACCCGCAGUUUGCUGGUGGAUUCCAGUGUGUAUGACUCCAGGAUGGCUGAACUCUCGAAGGAUCAUGUAUUUCUUGGUCUUUCUGCAGAGGACGCCAAAGAUGUGCUGCCUCACGUUGAAACCAGAGUUGUACUUGUAGGAGAUACAGGCAACAGUGAUGAACUUCUGCAAGCAGUGAAGGCCAUCAAAAUAAUGGAAGUUCCAGUGGUAAAGAUUAAAGAAGGUGAACCGGGCAAUGAGUCUGGCGAGAAGUUGAUAAAAUCUAUAGUCAAUAUGGAUAUCAACAUGCCUUGUGUAAAGACAGAUGACGUGAGGGAGUUUGGAGAUGGCGAAAAUGCCGAGUUUGAGACCGUUUUCGUGUUGGCCGAUUUUAAGUCUCCGGAUUACAGUUACCUGCAUAAAAAUGACAACAGAAUUGUGGGUCCGCCAGUCGUGCUGCAUUGUGCUCAGAGGAAGGAGCCCUUGAUGUUCUCCUCCCGCCCAUUAUUUUCUACCACCAUGAUGAAUCUGACACUGUGCUUCACUGGCUUCCGCAGGAAAGAAGAAGUCGUACAUCUGGUCAACCUCGUUCACUACAUGGGAGGCACCAUCCGCAAGGAUUUCAGUUCCAAAGUCACUCACCUCAUUGCAAACUCGACCCAUGGCGAGAAGUACAGGCUGGCUGUGUGCAUGGGGACACCGAUCCUAACCCCAGUUUGGAUCUACCAGGCCUGGGAACGGAGAAAUGAGGUGCAUUUCAACGCAGGGGAUGAGCAUUUCCGCACUGAGUUCAAGGUUUCACCUUUUCAAGACUGUGUGCUGAGCUUCUUGGGUUUUUCUGAGGAGGAGAAGAGGAGUAUGGAGGAGAUGACACUAAAAUACGGUGGCCGUUACUUGGAGGUUGGGGCUGAAAAUUGUACUCACAUGGUCGUAGAGGAGAACUCAAUCAAGGAUCUGCCAGUUCUGCCAUCAAAAAAAUUAUGCGUUGUGAAACAGGAGUGGUUCUGGGGAAGCAUACAGAUGGAUGCCAGGGCAGAGGAAUCCAUGUAUUUCUAUGAGAAGCCUGAGAGUCCCAUCAUGAAGAAAACGGUGUCCUUGCUGUCGCUCAACACGCCCAACAGCAACCGAAAGAGACGUCGCCUGAAAGAUGCCCUCGCCCAGCUGGCUAAGGAGUCCGAGAUCUCGCCCUUACCGCCCCGCAAGAGGCCGUCUGCAGAGCACUCGCUGUCCAUGGGCUCUCUGCUGGACAUCUCUAACACCCCAGAGACAUGCAGGGCCAUGUUAGAAAACUCCAAGCUUUCAAAAGGCUCCGCCUCUACCGCCCUGAAGCAGUCUGCAAGAUGGCAGGUCUCCAAGGAGCUGUACCAAACGGAGAGCAACUAUGUGGAUAUCCUGGCUACAGUCUUGCAGCUGUUUAAACAUCCCCUGGAAAAAGAGGGUCAAGUUGGAGGUCCAAUUUUGGCCCAGGAAGAGAUAAAGACCAUCUUUGGCAGUAUCCCUGAUAUAUAUGAAGUGCAUACCAGAAUAAAGGCUGACCUAGAAGACCUUGUGAUGGACUGGUCUGAGAAUAGAAGUGUUGGAGACAUUAUUUUGAAAUAUUCCAAAGAUUUGGUGAAAGCAUACCCUCCAUUUGUCAACUUCUUUGAGAUGAGCAAAGAGACCAUAGUGAGGUGUGAGAAGCAGAAGCCAAGGUUUCAUGCUUUCCUGAAGAUUAACCAGGCGAAGCCUGAAUGUGGCCGUCAGACUCUGGUGGAGCUUCUCAUCCGCCCUGUCCAGAGGCUGCCAAGCGUGGCUCUCCUGUUAAACGAUAUUAAGAAGCACACAUCAGAUGAUAAUCCAGACAAAGUCACUUUGGAAAAGGCAAUUGAAUCACUCAAGGAAGUUAUGACUCACAUAAAUGAAGACAAGAGAAAGACUGAAGGCCAAAAACAGAUCUUUGAUGUCGUUUAUGAAGUUGACGGUUGUCCUGCCAAUCUGUUGUCCUCGCAUCGCAGCCUCGUCCACAGAGUAGAGACCAUUGCUUUAGGAGACAAACCCUGCGAUCGAGGGGAACAUGUUACCCUGUUUCUCUUCAAUGAUUGCCUUGAGAUCGCCAGGAAGCGACACAAAGUGAUCAGCACAUUCAGGAGCCCCGUCGGGCAGACUCGCCCUCCUGCCCAGCUCAAACACAUCACUCUUAUGCCUCUGUCCCAGAUCAGGAGGGUUCUGGACCUGCAGGAGACUGAUGACUGCCACAACGCCUUCGCUCUGGUUGUACACCCUCCCACCGAGCAGGACAACCUGCUCUUCAGCUUCCAGCUAGUGGCCGAGGACACCGUCAAGUCAACCUGGUUGAAGAUGCUGUGUCGACACGUGGCCAACACCAUAUGCAAGGCAGACGCGGAAGAUCUAAUUCAGUGCACGCACCCAGACUCCGUUCAAGUGAACACGAAGGAUAUGGACAGCACGUUGAGUCGAGCUUCUAGGGUCAUCAAAAAAACAUCGAAGAAGGUAACAAGGGCGUUUUCCUUCAGUAAGACCCCCCGGCGAGUAAUACAGAGGGCUUUUGUGGCCAGCAGUACCCCAGAUGACAGGAGUCCUGCUGUGGCCCCAGAGUCCAGGGGCCGCCUGGGGGGCUCCUCUACGCUGUCUAUGUCUCGCUCCACCUCCACGUUUAGUCUCGCUAGUUCGUCCCGGAGCAGCAUCGUGCAGCGCUCCAACUCCCUGGAGUAUAACCCCCGCCCGCGAGUCCCCGUCUGUAUCCGCACUGCUAGCAGCCCGGACGGCACGUCCACUCAUGCGCAGUGGGGCCAGGCCCACUGUGCUCACGCCAGCCCAGACUUAGCAGCAAUAGUAGCAGCAGCAGCAGCAGCGCCUCCUACUGGAGCUCCCGAGGACCUGCUCCGGCCUUACUCCCAAAAGCCUGGCACUGUCCUCCACAGAGAAACGAUGCUGUAGCCACCACAGCUGACGCUGUCCAUUCGCCGUCCAUGGUCAACCUGCCAUCCCUGUUUGAGAGAAAAUACCACACGUUCAGUCGAUCUACAACUCACCUGAUAUAACGAAAUCCUACUGGUCUUUAAACAUGUUGUUUCACAACUAGCACUGCUAUUAACCUUCUUUCACUGGUACUGAAGUUAACUUGUAAAUAUAACACUAGUUACAUUUUGUCUUUUUAAAUUGAAGGAUUCUUGUUUAGAUACUGUACUCGUAUAUAUUCAUGUAUUCCCUGAAAUACUUAAUAGUCAAAUAUAAUAUGUCUUUCAUAAAGGAUCAUAAUUGAACCAUCAACUUUGUUGUCUUUAGGCUGCUAGUUUAAUGUAGAAUAGAGAAUGGCCAGCUUUUAUAAAGCUCUUGAGUUUGUACUUCUGACCAAGAACGCAGAGUCAGUUUAGCCAUAAAGAAUUGUGGCUAAUCUUAUAAUAUUUUAAAAUAUAAUGAAUAAUAUUUUAUAAUUUGCUGGUUGCCACAUCUUUUGUAAAACAGGUUGGGAUGACCUCGUGUAGCAUUGCUUAUUUAUUUUUGAAUAUUUUUAAAAGCUGAAUUGUCCAUUCAAGCUAUUUAUAUGUAAAUACACAUUUAUCUUCAAGUUGCAUCGUAAUUGUCUUUCCUGAGUUUUGUGUUGACAUACAUUCUGAAUCAGUUGCACUUAUGUUAGACACUCAAUUAUUUCUACAAUUUACUUGUCCUGUGAUACUUUUUAGUGCCUUUUUCUUGUAAAAAGAAGUUUAAAAGAAUGUACUAAAAGAACUGUAAUUGUUGAAACUAUCUUUUUUUCUCAAUAAAAGGAAACAUUUUA